GAGCACGUUUCUCGUGGAAAUCCGAAACUUUCUAUAAAUGUGGAAGCUCUAAAAUUGAGGCCCUUCUUUCUUCUCUCUCUCCUCCUUCUCUCUCUCUCUCUCUCUCUCUCGUUCGCUCAUUUGCCGUUUCGUCGAUUCCGAUUUUAUACGUUUCUUUCUUUUUCGCCCCUUUUGUUCUAAUUGGCCGUUUCCUUCGCGAUUCUCCGCCAUAAUUUUUUCCCCUAUUAUUUUCGAUUUCCUGCGCAGCCUGUUGCUUGCGGAUUAAGGUUUCCUGAAUCCGCCCCUGCAUUUCGAAGACCGCUGGCGUUUCGGAUCGAAGUUUCCUCAACCUGGGUCAUCUGAAGAAGUUGUAAUAGAUUUAUACACUUGUUUAUUGUGAUAACGUUACUUCAUACGACGUGCUACAAAUCUGGAUCCAAUGGACCUGAAAUCAAAUCAUGCUUCUCCUGUUCUUGCUGACCCUGCGCCCUUGAGCAAGUCAAGACUUGGUGGAGUCCAUACCAGCCUGUUACCAUAUGCACCUCCAGGAGCAGCUUUCCCGGCAGGUUUAUUCCUAACAAUCCCUAGGUGGAAGACUGGAUUACUUGAUGAUGUUCGCUCUAGCUCUUGGCUCGAUGCCAUGAAAUCUUCAUCGCCUCCUCACAGAAAGAUAACGAAGGGUGUUAAAAAUGAGUCCGGGGCGACAGAUGCUGAUAUUGCUUACCACUCAUGGAUGGUCAAGUAUCCAUCAGCGCUUACAUCUUUUGAGCAAAUCUCUAAUCAUGCCAAAGGCAAGAGAAUAGCACUGUUUCUUGAUUAUGACGGGACUCUUUCACCGAUUGUGGAUAACCCUGACUGUGCCUUUAUGUCUGAUGCCGUAAGAAUAUCUUGAUACUUGGUAGCAAAACAUUUCCCAACAGCAAUUAUUAGUGGAAGAAGCCAUGACAAGGUAUACGAAUUUGUAAAACUAAAUGAACUCUAUUACGCCGGUAGUCAUGGAAUGGACAUAAUGGCCCCUGUUAUACAAUCUAUAAACGAUGACCAGAGAAACUGUUUUAAGUCAACUGACAAAAAGGGUAAGGCGGUUAACUUGUUCCAGCCUGCAGCUGAAUUUUUACCUAUGAUUAGAGAGGUAUUUAAAUUGCUUGUUGAAAGUACGAAAGACAUCCAAGGAGCUAAAGUUGAGGACAAUAAGUUCUGUGUCUCUGUACAUUACCGCAACGUAGAUGAGAAGAGUUGGCCUGCAGUUGCGCAAUGUGUCCAUGAAAUUCUUAAAGACUACCCACGUUUGCGCUUGACUCACGGGCGAAAGGUUUUGGAGGUUCGACCUACAAUAAACUGGGAUAAAGGGAAGGCCGUAAUGUUUUUACUUGAAUCUCUCGGGCUAAGUAAUUGCGAAGAUGUGCUCCCGAUAUAUAUUGGUGACGAUCGGACAGAUGAGGAUGCAUUCAAGGUCUUGAGGGAAGGAAACCGAGGCUAUGGCAUUCUGGUCUCGUCCGUGCCCAAGGACAGCAAUGCAUUCUACUCUCUAAGGGAACCCUUGGAGGUAAUGGAGUUUCUCAAGUCACUGGUUUUAUGGAGGAAGUCAAGUGCUCUAUAAAAAUUACUGCAUAGAUAAUUACAUAGAAGAUAUAAUCUUCACAUGCUGAUACAACAACGAAAACCAGCAGGACGGCGUAUUUUUUGGUUUCUCCAGAUAAGUAUACUUCAAGAGGUUUUGGGGGAGCAGGCUGGCAUGGAAGAAUGCUUCCCGGUCUGUGCUCGUCGCUUCUUGCCGGUUUUUUGGUCGUAAAAAGCUUUGUGCCUUAAUUGUAAAUGCGUUUGGUUAAUUUAUCUUCUGUUUUUACUAAUUAAGGUGCCUUCAUUCAUUCUUUCUUUCUUUCUCAAUGUAUUGAUUAUUUCAUUCCAUUUUGUUCUUGGAUUUUGGUUAAUCAAGUAUAAUAUCUUACU